AUGGCACUCCGUCCUUCCGGUCGCGUGGAUCCUGCGGAUGCAUUCGAAGUGCAAGCGCUUACCUUUGAGUGGGCUAUGAGUUAUGACACAAAGGACUGGAACCGUCUGAAAGCUAUACUAGCUCCCAAAUUGAAUAUCGAUUACACCGACGUUGACGGGACAACCUUUGACAAUAUCCCACCUGAAAAAUGGAUUGAGCAUUGCUCAAAUCCACGUUUCCUAGGUGGCAACCGCAUGUCGACGCAGCACUUCAUCGGUGCUGCCAAAUACGUCCAACUGACGCCGAACGAGAUCCAGGCGGACUAUCAGAUUCGUGCUGCCCAUGUGCGCUGGAUGGAUGAUGCGAGGACGGUCGAGGGGCCAAAGGGCCAUGGGCACGGACUCAUGCGUCAGAAUUAUAUCAAGAUUGAUGGGGCAUGGAGACUUGCGGGCUGGAGACCCAUUGUGCUUUGGAACGAGCACGAUUUUGGUGAGGUCGUCCGGUUUGGGCUGGAGCAACCUGUGGAAAAGCUUUGA